AUGGACAUGUGCCAAGGAUGAGCAGCAGCAGCAGCUUGGGCAGCUGCUCUGCAAGCCUUGCAUCCUCCAAGUCGUCUGCUAAGUCAACAGCUCAAUAUAUGCGCGGAUAUCCCCAACUGAGUGCAAAAUCAGACAAGUAUACUUGAGAAUUAGUGUGUAAAGCAUAAUAGCAUAUCCUGGAUGGCUGGAUCUGGAUGGUGCUCCAGUGCUUGUCAAUUGCGUAUAGUAAUCAUUAUUUAAGUGUCCAACUGCUACACUAAUGGCCCCAUCGACUAUUCUAAAGAGAACUAGCUGAAUGGCCUAGAGAGUAGAGACAAUGAAUUUGACCAGACGCCACAUCGCCAGAGGGGAAAAUUUCGGACUUGGAAGCUAGGAAAUGAAUCAAAAUGGAACAACUCUCCCCCAACUCCGACCGCUCGGAAAGCUCGCUCAUCCUAAUCUGAUAUGAUGCCUUCAGCUUCUAGUGAUUCCAAUAGUAUUAUUUGAUUCUUGUUCGGCAGUACACCUUGCAAAUCUGUAACAUAUAUGCACUCGAUUUGUCUUGAGAGAAGAUAUCUAUGGAGGGCGCCAUGUUCAACCUCCCCAGGAGGCUGGAGGAGCUGCUGUGUCAUCACGGUAGCAUGCUGCCCAAGGGCGCAGACGAGGAGAUACCACUCAUCAAGCAAGAUCUUGAGGAAAUAAUCUCAAUCCUCCAUGGUCACAGUGAGCCAAAACUGGAGGACCAUAGCAUGGUGGUCAGGUGCUGGAUGAAGGAGGUGCGUGAGCUCUCUUACGACAUCGAGGACAGUAUUGACCAGUACGAGCAUGCCGCCAGGUCUCAGAAUAGACCUAAUAUUCACCACCGUAAGUUCAAUCGGUGGCGUGGAAACAAGAUCCCAUGUAUUCCCCAGAAACUGAAACAACGGUUGUGGAUGGCCAACAAGAUCAGAGAAUUCAGCCUGCGCAUCCAGGAUGCGCUUCAACGCCAUGCCAUGUACAACAACCUCGGUGGUGUCGCUGGUACUGCUUCUACUACUAGAGGAGAUGUAUGCUCUGCCACACCUUGGCAUCCCACAAAGACGCAGUUCAGAGAGCAUGCAUUCAUGGAGUCCACCUGUCAUGUUGGCAUUGGCGCCGCCAUGAACAAGCUUGAAAACUUGCUCGAUUUGUGUGGAGAGGAGAAGCUCAAGGUGGUGUCCAUCGUGGGAGUUGGAGGAGUUGGCAAGACUACGCUUGCCAACAAGCUGUACCGCAAGCUUCGGUGGCAGUUCGAGUGCCGGGCAUUUGUGCGGACAUCCCAGAAGACUGAUAUGAGGAGGCUUCUCAUCAAUAUCCUCUUACAGAUUCGGUCGCACCAAUCACCUGACAAUUGGAAGGUGCAUAGCCUGAUUUCCAGUAUCAGGACAUAUCUGCAAGAUAAGAGGUUCUUGAUCGUAAUUGAUGAUCUAUGGGCUACAUCCACAUGGGAUAUUAUUAAGUGCGCUUUGCCGGAGGGUAACAAGUCUAGCAGAAUACUGACCACAACAGAAAUUGAAGAUCUAGCUUUGCAAUCUUGUAGUUAUGACUUGAAAUUUAUUUUCAAGAUGAUACCUUUUGGUGAGGAUGACUCAAGAAAACUAUUAUUCAGUAUAGUCUUUGGCUCUCAUUCUAAGUGUCCUCCAGAAGUCAGUGAAACAUUAUAUGAUAUUGUAAGGAAAUGUGGUGGCUUGCCGCUAGCUAUUGUCACUGUUGCAAGUCUUUUAGCAAGCCAGCUUGAUAAACUGGAACAAUGGGAUUAUAUAAACAAAUCCUUAGGUUACAGUUUGAUGGCAAAUCCUACUUUGGAAGGGAUGAAACAACUACUGAACCUUUGUUACAACAAUCUUCCUCAGCAUUUGAAGGCAUGCAUGUUGUAUCUUAGUAUGUAUCAAGGAGAUCACAUAAUUUGGAAGGAUGAUUUAGUGAAUCAAUGGAUAGCUGAAGGUUUUAUCUGUGCAACUGAAGAGCAUGACAAGGAAGAAAUUUCAAGGGGCUAUUUUGAUGAGCUUGUUGGUAGAAAAAUCAUCCAGCCUGUCCAUAUCGAUGACAGCGGUGAGGUUUUGUCCUGUGUAGUUCACCAUAUUGUACUCAAUUUUGUUACAUACAAGUCAAUAGAAGAGAAUUUUAUUAUUGCAAUAGACCAUUCACAGGCAACUAUAAGAUUUGCUGACAAGGUUCGACGAUUAUCUAUUCACUUCAAUAAUGUAGAAGAUGCACCUCCACCUACUAAUAUGAGAUUGUUCCAAGUUCGGACAAUUGCCUUCUUUGGGGUCUUGAAGUAUAUGCCUUUCAUUAUGGAGUUUCGACUUAUUAAAGUUUUAUUUCUACAUUUUUUGGGUGAUGAGGAUAGCACCGGCAUUGUUGAUCUCACUAAAAUUUCAGAACUUGUCCGACUGAGAUAUUUGAAGGUCACCUCUAAUGCCACCGUAAAACUGCCAACCCGGUUGCAAGGUCUACCAUAUUUGGAGACACUGAAAAUAGAUGGAAAAAUAAGUGAAGUUCCAACAGACAUUUAUUUGCCAGGUUUGCUGCAUCUUACUCUUCCUGCUAAGACAAACCUGCCCAGUGGAAUUGUCCACAUGACAUCGCUUCGUACAAUUGAAUAUUUUGAUCUCAGCUGUAACUCAGCGGAGAAUCUAUGGAGCCUUGGUGAGCUGAGCAAUCUCCGGGAUUUGCAGCUCACCUAUUCUGAAAUACAUUCUGACAAUCUGAAGGAUAAUAUGAAAUAUCUUGGAUCCAUUCUGGGGAAACUCCGUAAUCUCACAUCUAUAACUUUAUCGCCUCCUGGCUCUUCCUGUCCAGAUACUCUACAUAUUGACAGGGAUACAAAGACGAGGAUCAAUGUUGAUGGCUGGAGCAGUGUGUCCUCUCCACCAGCCCUUCUUCAGAGGUUUGAGUUGUUACCAUGUGUUUGCAUCUUUUCUAACCUCCCAAAUUGGAUUGGGCAGCUUGGAAACCUCUGCAUUUUGAAGAUUGGGAUAAGGGAAGUAACAAGUAAUAAUAUUGAUGUUCUCGGAGUAUUACCAGAGCUCACUGUUUUGUCACUUUAUGUCCACACAAAGCCUGCAGAAAGGAUUGUCUUUGACAAUGCAGGGUUCUCAAUCCUCAGAUACUUCAAGUUUAUAUGCAGUGUAGCAUGGAUGAAAUUUGAGGUUGGUGCAAUGCCUAGUCUAAGGAAGCUCAAGUUAGGUUUUGAUGUCCAUAGAGCAGAUCAGCAUGAUAUUAUUCCUGUUGGCAUCGAACAUCUGUCUGGACUUGAAGAGAUCUCUGCCAAAAUUAGGGUCGCUUCUACUGCUCAUGAUCAUUGUAGAAGAUUUGCAGAGUCAGCUUUGACUAACGCUAUUAGGAUGCAUCCAGGACGUCCUAGCGUCAACAUCCGAUGUGUAGAUUGGACCUUUGAUGGUAUGGAUGUUAGCAAUGCCGGGACACGGGAGGGAGAAUGCAGGAUUCUGAAAAAACAACAAAAUAUCGUGAAAGAAAGCUCUACUGAGAAGUCUGCAGUUCUAGAAAAGGAUCGUGGGGAUGGAGCAAAUAAAUCUGAUGAAAGCAGGGAGAAGCUACCUAUGGAAAUGUGGCAUGUGAGGAGUAAUACGGAGGAUGACGGCCUCAGCUGGAGUAAGUACGAGCAGAAGGAGAUCCUCGGCGCCAAGUUCCCAAGAGCUUAUUUCCGGUGCACACACUGGAACACGAAGAAGGGAUGCAUGGCGACCAAGGAGGUGCAGCGCGACGACGGUGACCCCCUCAUGUUCGACAUCGUAUACCACGGUGAGCACACUUGCACUCAGACCGCGGAGUCCAAUGUCGACGAACAGAUCAGAUUAACGCGAACGCGAGACAAGAAGGUAAAGAGAACGAAGAGGAAAAGGCAAGUGAGGGUGACCUCCGUGCCGGCGGAUGACGGCUACAGCUGGAGGAAGUACGGGCAGAAGAACGUCCUCGGCUUCAGUUACCUAAGGGGUUACUACAGGUGUGCCACCAAGGGCUGCCAGGCGUCCAAGCAAGUGCAGCGCCACGACGACGGCUUGCUCUUCGACGUCACAUACUUUGGUGAGCACACCUGCGCUGAUCAGCCUCAGGCAGCGCACUCCAGCGACCAAGUACAGGUCACAUUAUGGCCGCCUGCCGUAAGCCCAGAGCAACCGCUCACACCGCAAUCCGGGCUCGAGCAGAGCUCCACUGUCACUGUUACUGCAUCAAUACAGAGCACUACCCAUAACUCUAGUAUCAUUGGGCCUAGAAGAUCCAAACGAGAAGUCCACACCAACCCAAAGUAUAUGGGCUGUGAUUGGGUUACUGGUUGAGGAAGUCUAUAAAUACUAGAAGGAUCUUCUAGAGGCGUGCGUUGUAAUUGAAUCAAAACUUCUAUCUGAAGAAAAUCAUUCCUCCUCCUAACUCUGCUUCCUUUUUCCUCUA